UGAGUCCAACUGCAAGGAGUGUUCGUGCUUUUACUUUACCGUGCCUGAAAUAACUUGCUCCCUUCAGUGAUGGUGUAUUCUUAGCAGCGAACAGAUGUGCCUUGCAGGGUAGAUUAAUGACAGGGGUUUUUUUCCUUGAGGUUAGAAAUGAAUGCUGUGAGACUUAGCUAAUGAAUUUGUGGGUGGGGUCCAUUUUUAUUGGUCUUUCUGCUGUCCACCCCCUAUUGUAAUGUAGCUUAGUUCGACCCAAUAUGGCUGUUCUUCUUUUGUGAAGAAAGAUGAUGUGAAACUUGGCAAGGUGACUUCUAGGUGAUGGAGUUUAAUGGAAAGCCAAUUAUCUUUUGCGAAUAUGAUGAUGAAUUCACGUUAGGAGAUGGCUAUGAUGAAGGCAAUCAGCUCAGCCUAGGAAAUGACGGGAUUUUUCUCGUGACGUUUUUCAGGUUUGUGCUUUUCACAAGAGGCUUCGUCAAUUAUGCAAAAGUUCGGAAGGUGACUGCCAAAAUCGCCAGUUUGAAAAAGUCCAGAUAUUUUCCGGAAUACUUCCUCCCGUAACACCCUGCUUCACUGUGCGGUGACUUUGCUGAAAAAACAGGAACAAGGAUUGCACAUCUUAUGGGAUGAAUUAAAAAGUAGCCAAAAUGCUUUUGAUUGGGUGCCUUGUCUUUCCAAGCCACAUGAAAAAAAAUCUGCUAGGUGCAGUAUGCUUUCUAGUUGUGCUUCUUUCAAAUAAGCUUACCAAAACACACAAUUAAGUAGUUUAUUUCCUCAAAAACACUCUUUCUCAUUCUGGUAAUCUGAAAUCAUAUCCAUUGCUAAGUCAUGGAAGGUAUAACCCAAUGCUGCAUUGAAUGUACUUUCACCAAAAGAGGGCAGUAUUGCUUUUGUUCUGUGAUAAAAGGAAAUAGAAUUUGCAAACUAAGUUCAGAAUAGACUGAAUGUCUUAAAAAUGUAAUUUAUUAUUCAGAUGUUUUCAGUUGUAUGAUUAAUACAAAGUACAGUAAACAAAUCAAAACAAUGAAUUGCAACUUGUCUUUCGAAUAUUUUGUAAAGGCAUUUGAUAGUGAAAUUUAAAAUAUAUCAGAAAUUUGACAGCAGCUACUACAGACUAAAAGUUUAUUCAUAUUUGUGGAAGAAAAUCCAUCACAACUGUAACCAAUUUGAUAAUGAGUUUGCCCUGAUGGCUCAGUGGGUUUUAUGUAGUGAGUAGCUGGUCCAUAUAAAUCAGGAAUGUCCAAUCAAUAUUUCCUGGUACAUACUCGUGUAGUUGAACCCAUCUGGGAACGCAAUAAGGGGUUCUACAAUUGACCUCACUGUUCCUUGUUCAGGAAUAGGUGAAAUUGGUCAUUCCUACUCAAUAUCUCAUCCUGCUGACAAUUUACAUCUGGCAGAAGUUAAGUAACAGACAACUGUGAUGCUCAACACAGUCUAAUAGCCUUUCAACAGUACUGUCGAGGCUCAUGCACAAUCAGAUCUUGGGAACAGUUCUGGUGAUGGACAAGAGGGUUCGUGGAAGCAGAAUUUACUGAGUUCCAGACAGAAGCUUGAAAAUUGCAAGUAAAAGUUACUUCCAGGAUUAACUUUGCCCCUCAACAGAAAAUCCACGAUAUUUAGAACAACUGCCAGCUUCUGAUCAUUAUUACCUUAGUGAAAUUAUUUGGAUCUCACUAUUGUCAAGUUGAAUUAUCCCCUGAUCCUAAACAAUGAGAUUAAGUACUUUGGAUUGAAAACAUUUAUAUCUUAAAAUCAUGCUGCAUAUUAACAGAAAUAAACAAUUCUAAAAUGUGCAAAAAUGUCCUCUGAAAUUGGUCUCUGUAAGUUUAGCCAAAUUACAGUAAAGAGUUAGUGCGUCUGCUAAAACAACAGAGUUGAAUUUGCAGUUCUUAUCUCAUAGUGUAAUUUCAAAGCCUUUGGCUUUGUGAGGGCACAUUACAAUUCUUUCUCUCUCAGCCAACUGAAGAGUGUGUGAGUUUCAGAGCAUACGUUAUAAUCACAUGUUCACCAGAUGACAAAUUUAUGAUUUAUAACGUGGAUUAAGAAACCACGCGCAUUUCUUAACGUAAAACAUCUUUAUUCCUCAAGCUUAAAGACAUGGUAACCUCACCUUUACUGCAAUUAGCUGCAAAGCUCUUUCAAAACACCAUUAUUAAUAGAUACAAUACAAUUUCACUGUGUUGUUUUAAUGGCUACUUGAAUGAAGUCAAAGUAGCAAUGCAAAUGUCCUGUCUAUAGCGAGGUUUAUUUUGUCGUAGAACAAUUUUAUUCCAAUCUGUAUUGAUGUGAUGCCAAGGGAAAGCAGAUCUCAUCCCCAUGCAUUUGUCAAACCAUUUCAACAUUUGUAAUGAAAAAAGGACCUAAAUUUCAUGAAAUUCUCCCAAUCUCCUGCUGUAACUCGGCAGAUGAACACAUGGUCUUCUUUUUUGUUUAUGUAAUUUCACCAGUUGUUAUGCUGAUCCACAGCUGGAAUUUCCAGGUGAUGGUACAAAAGUUGGCAGCAAACAAUGUUGCAGUGAUCUCUUUCUAGCCCUACCUCAGGAUGAUGCUAGAAGAAGCUAGCUGACCUAUACAACCUGCACUUUUCUUCAUGUGACUCUGGUGAUAGUCAAAAAGCACUCCAAACUUAACAGAAUAUGUAUUUUAUGUAGCUAAUGAUUUAAUGGAAAGAUGCAUAUGUGUAAGUCAAUGUGCAGUUUCUAAUGGUUUAUUGAUGGAACUCUAUAUAUUUAUACUUACAUUUCCAUUCCAUUUUUAAUACAGAUCAAUUAAAUUUUAGUUUCCUGUGGG